ACCAGCAAUGAAUGAGGAUUGCCUGUAGCUUCGCAUCUUCACCAAUAUUUGGUGUUGACUCAGUGACCAUUGAGGAUGUGGCUGUGAACUUCACCCCAGAGGAGUGGGCUUUACUGAAUCCUUCACAGAAGAAACUCUACAGAGGUGUGAUGUGGGAAACCUUCAGGAACCUGGCCUCAAUAGGUAAAACAUGGGAUGAUCAUGAUAUUGAAGAUCAGUACAAAAACUGGGGGAGACAGCUAAGAAGUCAUAUGUUAGGGAGACUUUGUGAGACUGAAGAGGGUAGUCAAGAUGGAGAAAACUUCAGCCUUAUUCCAAAUCUCAAUCUGAACAAGAAAACUGCAGGAGCUAAACCAUGUGAAUGCAGUGCAUGUGGAAAAGUCUUCAUGCAUCAUUCAUCCCUUAAUAGGCACAUUAGAUGUCACACUGAACACAAACCAUAUCACUAUCAAAAAUGUGAAGAAAAGCCAUAUAAAUGUAAGGAAUGUGGGAAAGCCUUCACUUUUCCCCAUUUGCUUCAAAUACAUGAAAGAACUCAUACUGGAGAGAAACCCUAUGAAUGUAAAAAUUGUAGUAAAGUAUUCAUUUCACCAAGUUUACUUAAAAAACAUGAACGACUUCAUACUGGAAAGAAACCCUUUGAAUGUAAAAUAUGUGGUAAAGCCUUCAGGUUUCCCAGUGAUGUUCAAGGACAUGAAAGAAGUCAUACUGGAGAGAAACCGUAUAACUGUAAGACAUGUGGGAAAGCCUUCAGUUUUUCCUUUAGUGUUCGAGUACAUGAAAGAAUUCAUACUGGAGAGAAACCCUAUGGAUGUAAGGAAUGUGGGAAAGCCUUUAUAACUCCCUCAAGCCUUCGAGCACACAUGAUCACUCACACUGGAGAUGGGCCUUAUAAAUGUAAGGAAUGUGAGAAAGUAUUCAUUUCUCCCAGUAUAUUUCGAAUACAUGAAAGGAGUCACACGGGAGAGAAACCCUUUGAAUGUAAAGAAUGCAGUAAAGCAUUCACUUCUUCCAGUUCUCUUCGAAAACAUGAAAGAACUCAUACUGGAGAGAAACCCUAUGAAUGUAAAAUAUGUGGUAAAGCCUUCAGUUUUUCUAGUAAUGUUCAUGUACAUGAAAGAACUCAUACUGGAGAGAAACCCUAUGAAUGUAAAAAAUGCAAUAAAGCAUUCAUUUCUCCCAGUUUACUUCAAAAACAUGAAAGAAUUCAUACUGAAGAGAAAAGCUUUGAAUGUAAAAUAUGUGGGAAAGCCUUCAGGUUUUCCAAUUCUCUUCAAAUACAUGAAAGAACUCACACUGGAGAGAAACCCUAUGAAUGUAAAAAAUGCAGUAGAGCAUUCUCUUCUUCCAGUUAUCUUCAAAUACAUGAAAGGAGUCACACUGGAGAAAAACCGUAUGAAUGUAAAAAAUGCAGUAAAGCAUUCACUUCUUCUAAUUCUCUUCAAAUACAUGAAAGGAGUCACACUGGAGAAAAACCGUAUGAAUGUAAAAAGUGCAGCAAAGCAUUCACUUCUUCCAGUUAUCUUCAAAUACAUGAAAGGAGUCACACCGGAGAGAGACCCUAUGAAUGUAAAAAAUGCAGUAAAGCAUUCACUUCUUCCAGUUAUCUUCAAAUACAUGAAAGGAGUCACACUGGAGAGAAACCCUAUGAAUGUAAAAAAUGCAGUAAAGCAUUCAGUUGUUCAAGUUCUCUUCGAAAACAUGAAAGAACUCAUACUGGAGAGAAACCCUAUGAAUGUAAAAUAUGUGGUAAAGCCUUCAGUUUUUCCAGUAAUGUUCAUGUACAUGAAAGAACUCAUACUAGAGAGAAACCUUCUGAAUAUAAAAAAUACAGUAAAGCAUUCACUUCUUCAAGUUCUCUUUGAAAACGUGAAAGAACUCAUACUGGAGAGAAACCUUAUGAAUGUAAAAAAUGCAGUACAGCAUUCACUUCAUCCAGUUCUCUUCAAAAAUGUGAAAUCCUAUGAAUGUCAGUAAAAUGAGAAAUUGUUUAUUUCUUGUGAAAACUUUCUAGGAUAUGUAAGAAUCCACACCAGAGGAAAACCCAUGUAAAUGUAAAGAAUGAGGAAAAGCCUUUUGUCAUCCCAGUUCUUUCUGAAGGCAUGAAAGGACUCACUUGAUAAAACCUUCUUGAAUAUAAACAGCAUGAGAAAGACUUCAAUUGGCCUAUGUCCUUCUAUGUGUAACUUCUAAACAGAAAGAAAUAUAAAUGUAAGUCAUAUGAGAAAGCUUGAUGGAAAUUAAUUCAUAUAUAAUGUUCUAGAAAACUUUCAACAUGAAAGACGUUAUAAAGUUGUAAAUAUAUUGUUUUCCAUGCCUCUUCUUAAAAUAGCAACACUGGAUUGUGGAUUUCUAUGAAUUACUUUCAGAAAAGAAUAUUGAGGUGAGAUAAUUCUGCAAGUCAGCCGUCAUCAAUACUGCAUAAAGAUUAAUAAGUGGUGCUUUUUUCUUAAAUCACUUAAUAAUAUUUUCUCUUUAAUUUUUUUUAUAAUGUUUUAAUUGUUCUGUGUUAAGGGGCCAUUGAAAAAUGACAGUUUGUAUUUGUUGGGAUUUUCUUACUGGCCUUGUGUUGCAGAUCCUGGAUAUGCCCAAUCCAUGGCAUAUAUUGUUCCUUUAUUAGAGAAAGCUCCUUUUUUGGGGUGGUGGGCAUAGGAGCUUAUUUUUAUUUUCCAUACUAUUAAACAGUUGGAAUAAAUUUUUAUGUAUGGGAAGUUUAUCAACGAGUAAACUUUCCUGUGAAUUCUCAUUUUCAUAUUUGGGCCUUUGCUCUUGGUCCUCCCUUCUGACUGGUAUUUGGUGAAUAGACUUUGAGUUAAGUAGAGGCCUGUGAUAGGGCAACAAAAUCUAGAGCUGGACACAUCACCCCUGUAUUGUGUUAUGUCAGUAAGGGUAAUAUGAAGAACUUCAUCUUCAAGAAUCCUCCCUUUAUGGUUCCAUGUUGGAAUUCACCAAUAGCCUCACUUGCAUGAGAUUUGGAAGGGAGAAGCAAACAAGGCAUUAGGCAGAUUUUGGAACCAGCAUACAAGAAGAGAGACAAUUAUGUGUCCUCUCGAGGACACCAUCUUCCAGCCCAUUUCCUGAUUCUUUGCCCUUCUAGUCAAGAGUAUCUUGAAAACCACCACUAACUGUUUGAUUUCCAUUUUCUUAAUGAUGUAUUUUCCAAUAUGUUUUCACAACUUUCGUAUCCAAGAUCCACUAGAGUUGGGAUUUUUCUAUAAGGCCUCUUGUGUCCACUAGUGAACUUAUUCAGACAUUUGUGCUUAGGAGUAGUCUCUAAUUCCCCUCUUCUCUGGAUGAUAUCUGAAUAAGGUCUAAUGUGUAUAGGAAACACCUUAUGCUGUUAAUAGUGCUAGUGAGUGUGUUUUCCUGAAUCACCAUGAUGUCUACAAUAGAGCGGUAAAAAAAGGGAUGUGGGAGUUUGUUUCUCUGCUGCAUUGUGCAUUGGCUGCCUUGACCGAGUUCUUCCACAUGAGAACAAUCACCUUUCUCAUGUCAGGAAUAUGGUGUGUGUUUCGUGUUACUUGUAGCUGAAUGUAUUCCCUCAAUGUGUUUUCAAUAAUGUUUGAUUGUAUGUUAUUAAAAAUUUUAUACAUUUCCUUGAGAAAUGAACACUACUCUGGUUUUCUCAUUGAUAUAUUUUAUCAACUGUUUUCUAAUACAUCAUAUGCUAAUAAAUAUUAUGGUUUUCAUUUCCUCUGAAUAUAUUAAAUUUCAUUUUAAUUAUGGAUUUUCAGAUAUA